GGCGGUGACCACCAUCUUGCACCCCCCUUCUCAUUCCCCCCUCUCUCUCUCUUGGGACCACGGUCACUAGGUGUCAACCCCGAGAAACAUAUCAACUACAGAACUAUUACCUCUCUGACCUACCCCCCUACUCUCUAUAAGAGUUCUACUCUCACUACAAGCUUACAUAAUAAUUCUCGAGGGAGAACAUCACGUGCCGGGAUCACAUGCCACAGUAACACGUGACGUCGAAUCCCCUUCCUCAAAGGGGAGGCUCCAUAUACAAAGAGACCAUUAAAUUUCCUCGUCAGAGGAACAAGGCCUCCACGGCCAGUGGCCCACGGAGUGCCAGCGGAGCGGCUUGCGAACCCCGUAGGGCAGGUGACCUCUCACUUCCCCGUGGGACUUGCAAGACGCUCCGCUGGCCCCUACUCGGGGGGAGCCACUGGCGUGGGGCCUGGCACCUCUACGAGGUGAUUCCUGUGACGUCCAUGCCUGUACCUUCUCCUCUCGAGAAGAGAAGGGCCUCCUCUGAUAGUCGCUGGUAGGGUAUCACAGCACAACACCUAUGGAGAUUGGGCCACGAGUCGCACCCGCACCCGCACCCGAACGGCCCCGGGGCAGGAAGAGGGGGAGGGGGGACAAAGUUGACUCGGAAGACUUACCACACGAGGAGGAGUCAGAAAACGUUCUCCGCGAUCACGCCCCCGUCCCUACCGUUCGGCAGCCAUCAACUCAAUUCAACGCCCCCCCUCCACCCCCUCCACUUGACAACCUCAAUGAACGUCCUCAACAAGAACUACAAGGACCCGUGGCGGGGCUGGGGGCACGCAUCACCGAGGGUCUGUCACACCCGACGGGAGGUCGACAUCCUCCGUCACAUCCUCCUCCUCUUCUCUUGGCAACCAUUCCUCGUUAGAGGAACAAGGCCCC